AUGUUGCUAGUCCUGGGACUCAACUCGAGGUCAGUCUACGAGGAAGACUUCGAGAAGCCCUUUCUAGCCGAGUCGGCGCAGUUCUACGCUCUAAGGAGGCAAGAUUACAUCAAAUCGAAGAAGGUUUUCGAGUACGUCGCCCAAGUAGAGCAGCAUAUCUACGAAGAGUCAGAGCGGGCGAAACACUGCCUCGACGAGUCCACCGUGGUUCCAAUCGUGCAGGUCGUAAAAAAAGAGCUCGUCGGAAAGUAUAUGAAGGCUAUCGUGGACAUCGAGGACUCGGGUGUCCGGCAUAUGCUCAAGAACCAGAUGACGGAGGACCUGGCCCGAUUAUUCCAGCGCCUCAAAUACAUUGAGGGUGGUGUCGAAGCGUUGCUCGAUUGUGUCAGUAAGCAUAUGCGCAGUCUAGGGAGAUUUGUCGUGAUCAAGCACGAAGACUCGGUCAGCCUAAUACCGAAAGUGAUGGACCUGAGAGACCGCUUUGACGACUUUCUACAGCGCUCUUUCAACAAUGAGCAACUGGUCAGGCAGAGAAUGGCCACCGACUUUGAGUUCAUACUCAACUUCCCCAGCUUUACGCGCAAACUGCCCAUGCAUCUGUCUGUGUUUGUAGAUGACAUGAUGCGACAAGGGGUUAGGAAAAUGACAAGGCAGGAGUUUGACGAUUUGCUGGACAAAAUUAUCGAGAUAUUUCGGUUCAUGCAGGAGAAAGAACUUUUCAAGUGCUGUUAUAAGCAGCAUCUGGCCAACCGGCUGCUGUUCCACAAGAGCGGCUCACACGCAGCUGAGAGAACAAUGGUCGCCAAGCUCAGGAGUGAGUCAUGUGUUCACCUCCAGGAUGGAAGCCAUGUUAAGGGACAUGCGUAUCUCUAA